UGAACGAUGUGUCGUAUUGGCCCCACGCUGUGUGUUGAGGCUGCUGUGUCCCUGCGUUACCGGCUGCGGUGGCCCAGUACUGGCUGCUGGAGAGCUCGCCCACCCUCGUAGUAGGAGGUACAGGCAAGGAGAGGCGGAGACGCCGAGAUACGGCAGACACCGCCCGGGAGAGAGACAGCGAAAUAGGUCGGGGGGAGAGGUCCUAAGAAACCCCGGGCCCGGAACCGAGACGCCGGAACCACAGGCAGAGCCUGCAGGUGGCAGUAGUGAUGUCUGCCUCCCGUGCCCUCCAGCAGUGGUGCGCCCAGCAAUGCCAGGGUUACCCAGGGGUGCAGGUCACCGAUCUCUGCUCCUCAUUCCGUGAUGGGCUGACUUUUUGCGCCCUCAUUCAUCGCCAUCGACCAGACCUCAUAGACUUUGAUUCCCUGUCCAAGGAAAACGUCUUUGAGAACAACCGCCUGGCCUUUGAAGUGGCGGAGCGUGAACUGGGCAUCCCUGCUCUUCUGGAUCCGGAUGACAUGGUAUCCAUGAAAGUUCCAGACCGCUUGAGUAUUAUGACCUAUGUUUCCCAAUACUACAAUCAUUUCCGUAAUUCCAGUCCAGGUGCUCCUCAGUUCAAACAGACAUCCAUAUCUGAGCCCUCUCUCAAAACACUCACUGAAGACCCAUUACCCCAGGGCAAUCUAGACAACAACAGCUCAUCUACUCCAAUGUCCAUAAGCAGCACCUGUGUACUGUGCCAUCAACACGUUCAUCUGGUACAGAGAUACAUGGUGGACGGUAAACUGUAUCAUCGCCAGUGCUUUAGGUGCAAGGAAUGUUCCGGCACCCUACUUCCUGGAUCUUACCGACCUGGACCCGAGACUGGCACCUUUGUGUGCACCCAUCAUCAUCGUGCACGUCUUGGUGUUAGCAGCCCUGAGUCUGGAGAGGAAAAUAAUAUCCAAAAGACCACUCAGCCCCCUCCUAAGCCACGUACUCCACCAAAACCUCCACUUCCCAACAAACCUCUACCAGACCCAGAAACUAUUCUAGACUCCCGGCCAGUGCCAGCUCCUAGAAGAGUAAGUGAUGUGGCUCCUCAGCCAUUGCCUCGUUCAAGAACCCCAGCAGAACGGAGCCCAGCUAGACCAACCAGUCUUGUGAAUGGGGAACAGCAGACCCCAGUUCCACCAGUCCCAAAACCAAGAGGGAGACAGAGGUCCUCUGACAGGGAUGAAGACGGGAAGAGGCAGAAAAACCCUCCUUGGAUUGCAUUAGUACCGGCAGCAGAACCUAAAAAAAGAGCUGCUCCUCCCCCUCCGCCUUUAGCGCAAACGCAGAAUGGGGGCGAAAAGACCAGUGGACCCACAGAAGACACUGACAGAAACAGCCCUUCAGAAAAACCCAAACCCUACAAUCCAUUUGAGGAUGAGGAAGAGGAAGAUGAUGUGACAAACGAGAAUUCACUGAAGCCAAAUCAUCCAUGGUACGGAAUCACCCCAACGAGCAGCCCUAAAACCCGCAAACGACCAGCACCAAAAGCUCCUAAUGCUUCUCCUUUGGCUCAACACUCUGGUCUCAUGACUUCUCGCCUAUCUCACUCUGAGCCCCCGUCAGGCAGCCCUUCCCCAGCCCUUAGCACAGAGAGUCUUCCAACUGAAGCCUUUAGUAAAAACGGUGAAGCUGAAAGCGUCUCGAAGAGCUCUUCUGAGCCAACCAUUCAUUCACCUUCCACAGCCCAAAGUAUGAGUAGUCCGCCCUGCCUGGGCCAGCCUAGUGGCGAUAUCCCUGUUCCUGGUAACUUGUCCACCAACACCAGCAUCUCUUCACCAAGUGACUUAGCCAAUGCCAAUGAAACACAGGGUAGCACUUCACCAGGAAAAAAGAGCGCCUCUAAUGACAGCCUAAGGGCUAGUCCCAGCCGGCCAGCUCCGCAGCCACCAAUUGUUGCCAGUCCUGAACCGGAACCAGCAGAAGGCACAGCACAUUCUCCAGAUGCCAAGCAUUCAGCAAAGCCUUUAUGCAAAGAGAACCCGUUCAACAGAAAGCCAUCACCCAUCACUUCUCCCACCAAACACAACAAAGAGAGAGGUCCAAAGCCUUCCCGUCCACCAGCGCCAGGCUAUGGCUUUCCCCUCAUUAAACGGAAGGUACAGGCUGAUGACUACAUCCCGGAAGAUGAAAUACAGAUGGAGAUGGAGGAGAUAGAGGUGAGUCUCGAUGAGUUGGAACGGCGAGGUGUGAUGCUGGAGCACCGGUUACGGAAGCUGGAGAAUGAGGCAGAGGAGGACAGUUUAUUGGUUGAAUGGUUUAAGCUAAUCCAGGAGAAGCACACACUAGUGCGCAGAGAGUCUGAGCUUGUAUACACGUCCAAGCAGCAGAGUCUGGAGCAGCGUCAGGCUGAUGUAGAAUAUGAACUUCGCUGUCUCUUAAAUAAACCAGAGAAGGACUGGCUGGAUGAAGAUAAGGAGCGAGAGCAAGUGCUAAUGCAGGAGCUUGUAACACUUAUCGAGCAGAGGAAUGCUAUUGUCAAGUGCCUGGAUGAAGACAGACAGAGGGAGGAAGAAGAAGACAAAGUCCUAGAAGCCAUGAUCCAAAAGAAAGAUUUCCACGCUGAUCCACAAAAAAAGAGAAAAGGAAAAUUCAAACCUAUGAAGGUUCUCAAGCUUCUUUCUCCAAAACAAGAUGCAAAACCAAAGAGCCAAAAAGUCAAAAACAGAGAACUGGCUGAUGAUGCCAAAAGGUGUGUUAUCAAUCUUGGUAGAACAACACUACAAUGACAACAAGGGAACUUAUUGU